AUGAUGUUCCACGCAGUUAGUGACCCCAUCUGGUGCCGUGUCUUCUCAACUUCUUUGACGGGGGAGGCGUUGGAGUGGUUUUCCGAGCUGCCGGCCGGCAGCAUUGACUCGUUUGCCACUCUGAAGGCAAGGUUUAGCACACAAUUCGUGCCCCUGAAACCGGCCAUUCUGACGGUCGACAACCUGGUGAACAUCCGACAAGAAGAUGGGGAAUCGCUGAGGAGUUAUCUCGAUCAGUACAAUCGGAUGUCAGUCAAGAUAAAGGACCUCAGAGACGAAAUCGCUCGGCAUCACUUCUCAUAUGGGCUCCAGCCGGGAGUUUUCGCGGACAAGAUAAGCCGCAAGAAGCCGAAGACGAUGGAGGAGAUGAGGGACCGCGCGGCCAAGUUCAUACAGAUGGAAGAUAUGCAAGAGUUCCGGGUGAAGAAGAGGGAGAAGGAGGAUGCCGCACUCCCGAAGCCGACCGCGCUUCGGCCGAGCAAACCCCUAACCCGGCCCAGCGAAAGGAAGCCACCGAAGUUCACAACGUACACUCCUCUGGUCGUUCCUCGGGCUAGGAUUCUGCAAGAGGCCUUCAGCGCCGACUCGCUCCCCACAGUGAGGAAGAAGCCCCCACCACCCGAUGCCGACGGUAGUAAACACUGCCAGUAUCAUCGGACGAUCGGGCACACCACCGAAGAGUGCCACACGCUCCGCGACAAAAUAGAAGAGCUCAUUCGGCAGGGGCACCUGAAGAAGUACGUUCGACAAGAUCGUCCUCCGCAACGCCCGGUGAAGAACAGAAGCCCAGUAAGAAGAGCCCCCCAGCCCGGUGGGAGAAGCGGAGAGAGCCUGAACCCGAGAGACGAAGGAGAGGACCGUCCCAGUCGCAUAAGAGCCCAAGCAGGAGCUGCAGUCGGAGCCAUGAUAAACCCCUCAGGGGCUAUAUCAAUACCAUCUCCGGAGGGUUCGCCGGAGGAGGAUCGAGCUCAACAGCUCGAAAAAGGCAUGUUCGGGCGCUAA